UCUUUCUCUGCCACAAAUUGUCUUCAUACAGUAAAGAAUAUAAUAAGUUGUCGAAGGCUUGAGCGUUGUUCCUUCUUCUUCAGGUUUUUGUUCUAUUGUUAAGAUGGGAGACAAAAACGAUGACGACAAGAACAUUGAGAUAUGGAAGAUUAAGAAGCUGAUCAAAUCACUUGAAGCUGCUAGGGGUAAUGGAACCAGCAUGAUCUCACUCAUCAUGCCUCCGCGUGAUCAGGUCUCUCGUGUUACCAAGAUGUUGGGUGAUGAGUAUGGAACCGCGUCAAACAUCAAGAGCAGAGUCAAUCGUCAAUCUGUUUUGGGGGCCAUAACUUCUGCUCAGCAAAGGUUGAAACUUUACAACAGGGUCCCUCCUAAUGGUCUUGUACUCUAUACUGGAACCAUUGUUAAUGAGGAUGGUAAGGAGAAGAAGGUUACUAUUGACUUUGAGCCUUUCAGACCCAUCAAUGCUUCUCUCUACCUUUGUGACAACAAGUUUCACACGGAAGCUUUGAAUGAAUUGUUGGAGUCUGAUGACAAGUUUGGUUUCAUUGUAAUGGAUGGAAACGGGACUCUCUUUGGAACUCUUAGUGGUAACACCCGUGAGGUACUUCACAAGUUCUCUGUUGAUCUUCCGAAGAAACACGGAAGAGGAGGACAGUCUGCUCUUCGUUUUGCCCGUCUCCGUAUGGAGAAGCGUCACAAUUAUGUUAGGAAGACUGCUGAGCUCGCCACACAGUACUACAUCAAUCCUGCUACAAGUCAGCCUAAUGUGUCUGGACUGAUUCUUGCUGGUUCAGCAGAUUUCAAGACUGAGUUGAGUCAGUCUGAUAUGUUUGAUCCCCGACUGGCUGCGAAGAUACUGAAUGUGGUGGAUGUAUCAUAUGGAGGAGAAAAUGGUUUUAAUCAAGCUAUUGAGCUGUCAGCUGAAAUCCUUGCGAAUGUGAAGUUUAUCCAAGAGAAGCGUCUGAUUGGGAAGUACUUUGAGGAGAUAAGCCAGGACACGGGGAAGUAUGUGUUUGGUGUGGAAGAUACGUUGAACGCUUUGGAGUCUGGUGCUAUUGAGACACUGAUUGUAUGGGAAAAUCUCGAUAUCAACAGAUAUGUGAUGAAGAACAGUGCGACUGGUGAAACUGUGAUCAAACACCUGAACAAGGAACAAGAAGCCAACACUGAGAACUUCAAAGUAGCCGACAGUGACUUGGCUUUGGACGUGGAGGAGAAGCUGUCGUUACUGGAGUGGCUUGCCAAUGAGUACAGGCGUUUUGGUUGUGCGUUAGAGUUUGUGACCAACAAGUCACAGGAAGGUUCUCAGUUUUGCAGAGGGUUUGGAGGAAUCGGAGGAAUACUUCGUUACCAGCUUGACAUGACUGCCUUUGAUUCCGAGGAUGGAGAAGCUCUUGAUGAUGAUUCGGAAUGACAAUCAAUCAAAUCCUCACCAUCGCUGGUUGGGGAAGAUGGCGCUCCGCCAUGCCUGAACCAGCUUGCGCGGGCUGUCGGGGUCGCGCUGAAGAAUUUGAAAAUAAAUUGAAGAAGCAUCUUUUGUGAAGGUGAUGAAUGAAGGAACAUGUGGAGAGUGAAGAAGCCUUGGCUUUGGUAGCGUUGUUGGUGCCUAGACAUUUAUGGAGUUUUAUUUUGAGUUGGUGUUUCUUUAAUAAUUUACUUUGGUCAGUUUUAUUUCAGAAUUGGAAUACUCUUGUCUGAGAGAAUUUGGGUUUUUAUUACAUGGAUGUCUUUAAAACCUUAAUUAAAUCCUAAAUUCUAUAAGUUCAAAGAAUUAAUCUAAAAUUCGGCAUUGGAAUUUCUUCAGUUAAAAAAAAGAGAAAAUUUAUAAUUAAACAUUUGGCAUGAAC